GUGCAAAUAAAGGCAGAUAGCGGACCUCAGAAUGAGGCACAAACUUUUUUUUACUGACAGCUUUUCAGCUAUGGUGUGCGCGUUCGUAAGCUAGGGAAUGUGAGUGUCCAACUGAAGGGAGAAAGUCGUGGGGAAACAAAAAAAGGAAAACACUUUCACGGAGAGGAAAGUGAAUGAUUGAUCCUAAAAGGAACUUUAACCCGAUACAGUAGGUGUGAUUUAAAAGAGAGAGAGAGAGAGAGAGAGAGAGAGAGAGAGAGAGAGAGAGAGAGAGAACAGAACGGUGGGGAAAAGGAGUAAAUCUUUGCAAAGAUGAGCUUGUUGUCUGCCAUAGACACCAGUGCCUCUGUGUACCAGCCUGCCCAGCUCCUCAACUGGGUUUAUCUGUCUUUACAAGACACUCACCAGACCAGUGCAUUUGAUGCCUUUAGACCAGAGCCUAAUUCUUCCCACCCGGAUCUCAACUACACCAAGACUGCUGCUGCUGAUUUGAGCGCCUCUCUAAAUUCCAACUAUCUCAACAACUUCUUCCAGCUCCAGAGGAAUGAGGCCAUAAAUAACAGUCUGUAUAAGAGUGCCUCGCCCUAUGGCUCCCUCAAUAACAUUGUGGAUGGACUGAGCUCCCUGACGGACCAUUUCUCUGACCUAUCUCUCUCCUCGGAGCCAAGGAAACCCAGCAAACGACCACCUCCAAACUACCUGUGCCAUCUGUGCUUUAACAAGGGACACUACAUCAAGGACUGCCCACAGGCCCGCCCAAAGGGAGAAGGCCUAACUCCAUAUCAAGGGAAGAAGCGUUGCUUUGGAGAGUACAAAUGCCCUAAGUGCAAGAGGAAGUGGAUGAGCGGAAACUCCUGGGCCAACAUGGGACAAGAAUGUAUCAAGUGCCACAUUAACGUUUACCCCCACAAACAGCGGCCCUUGGAGAAACCUGAUGGCCUGGAUGUCUCUGACCAGAGCAAGGAGCAUCCUCAGCACCUGUGUGAAAAAUGCAAAGUCCUCGGCUACUACUGCCGCCGCGUGCAAUGAGUGACGGAAAAGAUUCACUGCCCUGUCCCGCCGCUUGUCCUUCAGGAGUUCGUUGUCAGUGUGAUCUGUACAAAGUGAAAACGUGCCAAAUUUUAUCUGUCUUCACUGCUAAUAGGCCUUAAAAUACCAAUAUAAUGUUACAUAUUCACCAGUGUCGGUGUAUCAUUUUGAAAUUAUAUUUAUAGCAUUAUUAUUAUUAUUAUUAUUAUUAUUUAUUUCUUAGCAGACGCCCUUAUCCAGGGCGACUUACAAUUGUUACAACAUAUCACAUUAUUUCACAUUUUUUUACAGAUAUCACAUUAUUUUUACAUACAAUUACCCAUUUAUACAGUUGGGUUAUUACGGGAGCAAUCUAGGUAAAGUACCUUGCUCAAGGGUACAGCAGCAGUGUCCCCCACUGGGGAUUGAACCCACAACCCUCCGGUCAAGAGUCCAGAGCCCUAACCACUACUCCACACUGCUGCCCUCAAACUACAAUUUAGUUCUACUAGUAGUAUUACUGUACUUAGUUUCACCAUGUUUCCUAGUAAGAGUUUUCUGAUUUCAUAAUGUUGAUCAAAGCAUUAUAACUGACCUUGGCAGUAUUAUUAUUAUUAUUAUUAUUAUUAUUACUAUUAUUAUUAUUAUUGUUGUUGUUGUUGUUGUUGUUGUUACCCAUAUCAGUUGCAAUAGAACACCUCACAGUGAUGUCUAUUGAGUUGUUGUUUACAGAAUCCUUUGUUUUCUUUCCUGGCCAGGUGAAAAAAUAUCUAUUUAAGGAGGCCCGUCUGUGCCUUUACUGUUCAUUGGGUCAAUAGCACAUUAAAUUAACUGUGAAUUAACUGAGCAGGGGUUAAAGAAUUGGUCCCCAGGUAUUAUGUUGAAUAAUGAAACUUAAGUAUUUAUUAUUGGAGAGCUGCCAUGCCUGGGUUGUUGGUUUUGUCUGUUUCUUACUGUGCAAUUCUGUUGAUUUUAGCAAAGACAUGCACAUACCUUCUCAAACAGUGCUUCCUUAUGAGCUCAGGAAUUGCUGUAGAUUUCUUAAGGUAUGACUUUAAUCCCAAAGGUGUGUAUCUGUUGGUCAGUUUUGCAAGAAAGCAAAUGAUCCAUGGUUAGAUUUGUAGGUUUUUUCUGCAGCUUGUUGCUGUUGUUAAGCUCCAUAUCUUUUAGUUUUAGUUGAGUUGCUCAUCGCUCCCAGUUAUUAAAUGUAAUACCUUCACAGAAAUAUCCUAUAAAUAAGAUAAUCAUAAAGGAUUGUGUAGUUUUGAGGUCAAAUACUUCAAAAGUAAAGUUAUUAAUUGACAUUAAACAAUAUUAUAGUAAAACUAUAGUAAUCAUCUCAAUAGGAAUCAUAUUUAUCUGUAAAACCAUUAUAAAUUACUUUACUGAGUUAUUCACUCAAAUCAACACAAUUCUGUACUUCUUAAGACUUUUAUACUUCGUAUAACAGCUGUUCCUUAGUUUAGACAGCACUAUGUUCACAGUGUAACAAUAAAGGGACUGAAUCUUAAGUUAUAUUCAAUACAUUAGGGUAUGUGCAGGCUGACUAUAACCACAUACUGUACACUGCGGGGGUGGAAAGCUGAUGUAGAAGAAAAUUAAGUGAAAAGUCAUAUUAGUAGAGAGGCUGAAAUGAGGAGUGGAACUUGAAAUACUUAAUUGUGAACUGAAGUCAUGAUUUGUAGAUUUGAGUUUCUAUACUAUUUUUUUUUUUUUUUAAAUGAUGCACAUUUUUAAAAAUGUAAUCUGUUUUAACCUACAUAUUUGUCCACAAACUAUUUUUAAUAAUUCCAAUGAUUUAAGUGAAAUAAAUGGUAAUUACCUGAAAUAAAUACAAUUAACAAAGGUACUAACAAUUACAUAAACGUAUGGGAAGUUGCUUAAAAAUCCUCAAAAAAAUUGUGAAAAAGUGCUAAUAAUUUUGUAUUAUUUAUUUAAAAUUACUAUUAAUUACUUUGUAUUAUUAAUCACAGUACACAUGAAAUGGACAUAUUAACUUACCGCUUUUUUUUAAAAAUGUCAAUCAUUGUUUAACUUUAAGUGGUAGAGGUAUUUUUUAUAAAGGCAAAAAGUGAGGUGAGCUGAAUGUGUAGCUGGGUUUAGCAACCUAGCAUGAGUGGUGACACAACGUUUGAACUUGUAAUUGCAUCUCGUAUGGUUAAGCCUUUAGAACCAAUAGGCAAAUUGGUUUUAAAGGUCACAACAAUGCAGUUGGUGUCAACACACGUCCAGAAUUACAUCUUUGAUGCCAGGAUGCAGGGAGAGCUGUUACCUGUUAUUUCAUGAUUGAAGUUAAAUACCCCAGAGUACUGCACUGCAUCUCUGCUUAAAGGGUUUUUAUAACACUCUUGUUUAAGUCAUUUAAAGUUAAUUAUAAGAAUCCAGGCAUUGUUUGUUUUAUUUUAUUUUUUUUAUUGGAAACUCUAGUAAUAGAGGGGAACCUUCCUUUAAAGCCCAUGGCAUUUAUGGGGGCAUUCUUAACAAGUGAAUUGUAACAGACAUUUAUAAAUACAUAGUAAUGUACUGUGUGUUUUUUUUUAAAUUUUUAAUAUGGGAAACUAAACUUGAAAUACUUACAACAUGUACCAUUCUACUUGUGUAUGAUGUUUCAAAGAUUUUCCUGUUUACUAUAAUGAUGCUCUGCUAAAGCUAAAACUAAAAUGUAAGAUAUGGCUCAGUUGUGAGUACUGAUGUGCAUGAUUUGCAAUUGUGUAGAAUCAUUAUCUCUUCAGUAUUUUAAGUAAUAUGCAAAGCUGGUACAGACAGUACUGCAAAAAAAUAUUGAGCCCAGCUUAAAUUUCACAAGUAGACCUGUAGAAAGAGAAUGAAAUACUUUUAUGCUUUAAGCACUGAAAUGGUAAGCUUUGGUAAGUUUUCCCCAACCCCAUUAGUUAGCCAGUGCUAACUAAAAUUUCCAACUGGCAAAAAUAGAGACAGCUAGGAAAUGUAAUCUGAAGACAGCUCAUGGUAGACUUUACAAAUGACAGGGCUAUACAGGGGUUCUUGUAACAUAUCUGUAACAAAACAGCCAUGGUCUGAUAUGCAUUAAGUAGGGUAACUGCAGGUUUUUUUAUACUCUUCUCAGGGUUUGAAUAUGAACCUUAACCCUUUGAAGAGCCAGAUAAACAGUAGCACAGUUUUAAUACUAUAAAAAAAAGUGUUGGCAAAUUCCACUCUGGAAAAAAAAUGUAGGACAAAAAAGUGAAUUUACAGUAAUUGUGUAGUUAGGAAUCCUGGAUAAUGCCCGGAACUGGCAAUUCAUGGGUUAAAAAUCUGCAGUGUUCAAACUUGAGGGGAGUGACAUAAUAGAUGUGGGCGUGUGCAGUGUUGAGCUUCACCUGAAGGUGACAGAUAGUUCAAAGUGAUGAUGAUAUAAUGGGUGUGAGAUGAGGAAAGAGAAAAUAAACAUGACGGCACGAUGCAUGAAUGCUAUUGAUGCCUUUGAAUUUGAUAGCUUUAAACACUUCAUCAUAAAAUCUUCUGUAAGAAAAAAGUACUUUUGUAAAGUAUCUCUGACUGCUAAACAGAGCUUAUCCAGCUAUACAAAGCAUACUAUUGUUUUUCUUUAAUGCUUAUAUACUUGAAUAUUUGACUUGCAUGUUAUACUUGCUUUAUGCCCAUUUCCACUUAGAUUAGUUGACUUGGCAUGCUCUGGUAAUUCUGUGUAAAUGCAUCAUUGGGCGAAUGUGUCUCGAUGACUGAUUAAACCAAACCUGAGAAAUCAUGGAAGCAAAAAAUAGUUAGAUAUAUAUAUUUCAGAGGGAGACCCUUGUAUGAUAACAUUUGUUUUACAACUUUUCUUUGUGCUAAUAUAAUCUUAUUUUGAACAUCCCCCUCCCCCCCUCCCCCAUAUAAUACCAUUUCAGUGCUGUAAGAAUGAACCUAACCUGGGUUUAUUUCCAUUAUUGUAACAUGACAUUGAAUUUGGUACUUUUGUAUUAUUUGAACUCAUCAGUACUACUUAAAGAAACCAUAAUUAAGGUCAUAUUACAAAAGCAAUUGUUUAUUGUUACACAACACCCAAGUAAGCCACAUCUUUCAGUUUCAGGAUCAAAUGAAAAACUGCUCUGAUUUGUAAGAGAGGUUUAAAUGGGACAAUCAUGUGUAGAACUAGAACUUUGACAUAUACCUGUUCAUGAAGUUUUUUUGCUUGCAGAUGUAUUUAUCUUGUGUUACAUAUACUUGACUUUUACAGUUCCUUUUGAGUUUCAAAGUUUAUAUACCAUUUCACACAGUAUAUUGUGUGUGUGUAUUUUGGAAACCUUUCUAGAUGUUAAAAAUGUUAAAUGGUUGCAAAUGAUAAAAGUUCUUUCCCUGACAUAGAUAUCUUUUGCAAUGCCCUUUUAUUGUAUAUAUUCGAAGGCCACCAUUUUUUAAAAGGAUAUUCACUAUUUUAAAAUGUUGUUUGUGAUGUCAAAUUUUGUUUGUUUGUUAAAAAGGGUCUUUUUAUUGGAAUACAAACGAAGCCAUGAGUUUUUCUUAAGUAUUUUACAAUCUGAGGGGAUAUCCUGCAGAAAAUAUUAAUGGAAGUAUGCUUUUUUUUGUCUGUAUAAAGUACGCAACAAAACUACGCUAAGAAGGAAAUAUUGAUGUCUACAUAGAAUAUUAUAUGAAGGUUGGUACAUAAUUCUUAAAAAGCCUUGCUCUCUUAAAAGCCUUUUUCUACUUUGUUUUGUUUGGAUGAAAAUAUUAUCAGUAUUAACUAAACAAUACCGUAUAUUAUUCAAGUACUUAAACUAAUAUUAUAAAAUGGUUAAUGCAGUUCAUAUAUGUGUAUUUUGGAAAGUAUUGUAUCCUUUUAAAGAGCAGUAUUAAAUUGUAAUUAAAGUUUAUUAGCUAGAAGGAGUAAUGAUGUUUAUAUUACAUUUAAAAUAUAUUAUUGUGGAGGCAUAGUAAUUACAAGCAAUAUUGAAGUAUGCUUUCAUACAAUUAUGGAACACAUUGUUGUUUAAGAAAAUGUUAAUAACUUUUUUUUUUUUUAAACUGACACCACUGUAUACAAGCACAAUAAACUGUGAGUUCUUCUAGUAUGCAAAAUCUACUAAAGUAAUAUCAACAAGAAACUAAUGUGGAUAUGUUAUUUUCAGCAUAACGUAGAAACGACACAACUUUUCUAUAAGUGAGACAUAUAGCAAUGAUGGGAGACGUAUACGUAUGAUAGAAUGUGCAUGUCAUUUUAAAAUUGUUUGAAACAUGUAUGGUUUCCUUGAAAUGUAUCCUUAUGUUUAAUGCAUGUUACCAUGCUAAGAGGGAGAUUUGCCUAAUGUUCUACCCCAGUAUAUAGGAAAUAGUAUGCCUUAUUCACUACAUUGAAUACUAGUGUUCACAAACUAACAUGUGUUUUUUCUGAAUGUAAUGUAGUUUAAAUUAUAUAUAUAUAUAUAUAUAUAUAUAUAUAUAUAUAUAUAUAUAUAUAUAUAUAUAUAUACAUAUGUGUGGGUGUGUGUGUGUGUGUAGAUAGCAUUAUGGUUCAGUUACCAAUGUUUACUUGAUUUUCUUUCUCUAACAAUAUUAUAUAUAUACAGCUAAAAUGAUGUUGGACAAAUGCAGAGAGGCUGGAAAUGGAAAUGUACAUGGUGAUUAAAUAAGGUAGGGCAGUUUAUAGAGGUGUAUUAUCAAGGGUAUUCAUGGCAGCAUGGUGGAAUGUUCAGUGUAGCACCAGGAAGACUGCAUGGGGAGGCAGUACCAUGAGGUACCACAAGUGGGAACAGAGUAAUACAGAACAUCAUAUGGGUGUUCUCUGCCGGUGAGAUACCACCAAUAAUAGUACAGUGCCCCUUAUACCCACCAAGUGUUACUUGUACUGCCAUGAAUAUUAUCCUUGUAGCAUCUUUCUUAACUGCUCUACUUUUUAAAUCAUGCUUUAUGGAAUUCUGCAAAAACUGUAACUCUGCUGUAAAUGUCCAUAAAAUGGCAUUCCGACAUGUGCCUUAUUUACUGGUUAGGUAUAAAGUUUGCUUAUAGUACUUUUUUUUUUUAUUUUAUUGCUGAAUUAAAAUAUUGAAAGUUA